AGUGUGGAGCUGUGAGGGGAGGAGCGAGGACACAGCUGAGGUGCAGAGGACCGAUUCAAACCGGGAGUUAAAGUUAAAUAAGAAGCGGGCGCUUAACGAAAACAGAAGGGCUUACAUUUAAAAUAUAUAAAUAUAUAUGUUCGUGUGUUAAGCUAAUUGUGUGAUAUUAACUCUACCUGAGGAAAAACCCGUCAUCCCCCGCGCGCUGUUUUACAGUAAGGGCAGAGCUGGCAGUGGCUGCUUCCCUCAAGCGGACUGUGACUGACCUGUACAGGUGUCACAGGGUGGUUUAAGGAUGGUUUUGACCCAGCAGCAGACCUGGAGGUAGCCACACAUCGCCUGUGCCUUUGGCCUCCUGGAACCCGGACUGGAGAUGGUCCACUGGACCAGACAGUGGUGGGCAUGCGUCUGGUUCCAGACUGUGCUGGCCUUUGCCCUGGCCAACUGUGCGUCAUUGGCCCCCAACCCUGUCAAUUUCUCUGUUGUGUACACAAUGCCUUUCUUCCAAGCUGGGGGUCCCAUCCAAAACAUAGUCAACAACUCAUUUUACCAAGAAGUGUACGUGGCCUCUAAGAAUGUGAUCGAAGCUGUCAACAGAAGCCUGGAGAAGGUGUGGGAGCUCCGCACUGGGCCAGUGGGGGGCUCAGAGUGUCACAUAUGCAAUUUGUGUGAGAUUGACAAGAAUCACAACUUUCCAGAGGACACAGACAAUCAGGUGUUGCUGUUGGAUACACUCUUUAUGUAUUUAUAUUCUUGUGGAAGUUCUCAGUACGGCGUAUGCUAUUUCCACCAGCUGAACCCAAAUGGAGAGCCACCCUCUCUUUCAAAGUGUUUGUUCAGAAAGGGCUCAAACUCUGCUGCUAACUGUCCUGACUGUGUGGCUAGCCCUCUUGGUACGAAAGUCACAAUGGUGGAGGAGGGUCAGACUGUCUAUUUCUUUGUCGCGGCCAGUGUUAAUGACAGUGUCACUCAGCGUUAUGGCAGGAAGUCUUUAUCAGUUCGCCGACCACUGGCCACAGAAGAUGGUUUCUUCAGUGAUGUGCGUGGUCUGACUGUCCUUCCCAGCCUGCGGAAGACGUACCAUAUUGAAUAUGUCUACAGCUUCUUCACUCAGGAGUUUGUGUACUUCCUUUCAGUCCAGAGAGAGAGCCCAGAUCAGGAAUCGUCACCUUUUCAGACUCGUCUGGGACGUCUCCCAAGGAACGAAUGGGAAAUGAAGCGGUAUCGCGAGUUGAUCUUGGAGUGUCGCUUUGAACCAAAGCGCAGGAGGAGGAACGUAGCCAGUGAACCUUAUAAGGAUAUUGUGUACAACGUGGUCCAGGCAGCCCAUUUUGGCAAAGCAGGCAGGGAGCUGGCAGAGGAGUUAGGAGCGGAGGAGGAGGAUGACAUCCUGUACGGUGUUUUUGCUGUCACUGAUGACAACGGAGUCACGGAGCAUGACUCUGCCCUGUGCGCCUUCCCCAUGGACAAUGUGAACAAGGCAAUUGCUGAUGGGGUGGAUGACUGCUGUGAGUCUGGACCUGAGCAGCUCUCUAGAGGGCUCUGCCAUUUCCAACCCUGUGAGAGCUGUCCACAUGAGAGCAUGGAGAAUAAUGCCACAUGCAGAGACCAUCCUACGAUGGUGUCAAAGCCCUACUACAGAGUGGACCUGUUCAACAGGAAGAUGACAAACGUCCUGCUCACAUCUCUCCUGGUCACAACUAUAGAGAACAAGACCGUGGCCCACAUUGGUACCUCAACCGGACGCCUGCUUCAGCUUGUGCUGACAAGAUCCAGCCCUGUCAUCUUUGCCAAUUACUCCUUGGUAGAAAACCAGAGGGUCUCCUCCAUUGCUGCUGUGCAUUCUUCAGAAUAUCUUCUCUUUGUGGUUGGAGACAAGAUGAUCCAGGUGCCCCAAAGAGGACCAGGCUGUCAACACUUCCUGACUUGUGCCAUGUGCCUGACUGCCCCAAAAUUCAUGGGCUGUGGCUGGUGCUCUGGAGUGUGCUCGUGGGAGAGCGAGUGCCACAAUCGCUGGAGAAACGAGUCCUGCCCACCUGGGAUCUCCGGAUUCUUUCCACGGACUGCUCCCCCUGAUGGUCAAACAGAGCUAACGCUGACUGGGUGGGAGUUCCAGUCGCCUUUGAGACCCGCUAUCACCUCCAGAACCCACCAGAUCCGACUGGGACAGACGUCCUGCACUGUGAUUCCAGCCAAAAGCAACAUCACGCACUUGGUGUGUAAGAUUCGCUCUGGGGCCACUGAGCUGUUCAAACCAGUCAACAUUACAGUGGAAGUGCAUGAGGGCAAAGUGGAGGGACGCUACUCUAUUGAAGGGAAGGCAGAAAUGCCAGGAUUCACGUUUGUGGUUCCCAACAUCACAGAAAUCCAGCCCAACUACGGCCCUCGUGUUGGGGGCACACUUAUCACAGUGAGUGGGCCUCACUUGGAUGCUGGAAAGACCAGGAGAGUCACUCUUAACGAUGUGGCCUGCGACAUAAAAAGGGUCACAGUGCCUAAAGGCAACGUGUCUUCCAUCAUUUGUUUGUCCAAAGAAAUCUCAGAGGUGAGAGAUGUUCCUCUGAGUGUGUUCAUUGACAAGUCUCCUGUUCUCACAACAAAGGUGUUUUACUACAAGGAAAACCCAAAGAUAACAGACGUCCGGCCUGACUGUAGCUUUGACAGAGGUUCAAAGAUUGUCAUUGAAGGGGAGAACCUGGAUUCUGUUUACCGCACCAUCAUCCACUUUAAACCCAAUGAGAGCCACCUGAAAUCUGUGUCAACGGAGUGCCUCGGCAAGUCUUUACCCACACGGAUGGAAUGCAUGACCCCUGUUUUCCACAGGGAUGAAACUGUGGAAGGAUCGCUAUCUUUUGAUAUGGAUGGAGCAUCAAGCCUGUGGAGCAAAGAGUUCUCCUAUCACCCCUACGGCGAGCCCAUACCUUUUGAAACAGAAGGACAUGUUCUAAAUUUGUACCCUGGGUUUGAUGAGGUGUCACUACAUCACCAAAAGCUGAACCUGGUGAGCUCCUGCAUGACCAUCAUUAUGACGGUGGCAGGUGUUGAUUGUGGUGCUAAAGUCCUGGAUAAUGAGAUAACCUGCAGGAUCCCCAAAAACAUGACCAUUCCUAGUGAGGGACUACCAGUGAAGAUCUCCAUCAACGGACAGGUUCACAACGUUGGCACAGUGGUGAGGGUCAGCAACCAUUACAUGGUGGGCAUUGUUUUGGGGAUCCUGGCAGCUCUGGUGGCCGGGGCAGUGCUGGCCUUUGUUGUCAUGAAACACUUAAGGAAGAAGAAGAAAGCCUCCAUGGUAGAGUCACAUUUAACCCACAGCGCCAACCGCUGUGGUACAAAUAAUGUGGAGAUGUCACCUGUUGGAGACUACAGAAGAGUAUCGCUGAGUCCUCCCACCCCCUUGGUUGGGCCGGUAGCAUUCCCCAGCCUGACCUAUGCUGGAGGUCGCAUAGAUCCGACCCUCACUCCCCUCCUUCCUACAGAAAAGAUCCCUAUCACCAGUUUUAGGCCAGAGCUGCUGGAAGAGGUGAAAGAUGUUCUUAUUCCUGCAGAGAUGCUUGUUGUCCAGAAACAUCGGAUUAUCGGAAAAGGUCAUUUUGGAACCGUCUAUCACGGCUACUUCACAGACUCCAACAACAGAGAAAUCCACUGUGCUGUCAAGUCUUUGAAUAGAAUAACAGAUGUGGAAGAGGUGGAGCAGUUUCUGAAGGAAGGCAUCAUAAUGAAGGGCUUCCAUCACAGCAACGUGCUUUCUCUGUUGGGCGUCCUCCUGCCACAGGAAGGGCUCCCUCUUGUGGUUCUGCCAUACAUGAAACACGGGGACUUGCGGCAUUUCAUACGCUGCGAGAAGAGGAACCCCACUGUAAAGGAUCUGAUUGGCUUUGGGCUGCAAGUUGCCAAGGGGAUGGAGUAUUUGGCCCAGAAGAAGUUUGUGCACAGAGAUCUCGCUGCACGCAACUGCAUGCUGGAUGAGUCGUACACGGUGAAGGUGGCGGACUUUGGCAUGGCCAGAGAUGUUUUCGAUAAGGAAUAUUACAGUGUUCAGGACCACAGGAAGGCUAAACUGCCUGUCAAGUGGAUGGCCAUCGAGAGUCUGCAAACACAAAAAUUUACCUCCAAGUCAGACGUGUGGUCCUUUGGUGUUCUGAUGUGGGAAAUGCUGACCAGAGGAGCAAGCCCCUACCCAGAGGUGGACCCAUACGAUAUAACGCACUAUUUACUGAAGGGCAGGAGGCUUCCUCAGCCACAGUACUGCCCUGACCCUUUGUAUAGCAUUAUGCUCCAGUGCUGGGACCCAGAUCCAGAGUUGAGGCCCAGCUUUGCUACACUGGUGUCAGCUGUCUCCACCAUACUGUCUGGCCUGGAAGGAGAGCACUACAUCAGUCUGAAUGUCACCUACGUCAACCUUGACCAGCCUCAUCCCUAUCCUGCCCUGACUGAAUCCGCUGAUGAGUAUGACUCCACAGACGUUGAAGACUCAGGCUCAAUGUCUUCUUGAUUCACCUCCCCCUACUUUAAACUGGUUCUGGUGCUAAUAGCAGGCGCACAAAAAAGGGAAAAAACAAACUUCCGUCUCAUCACACCAGUGUCUUUUACCUCAGUGGAUUUGAAUCAGAAAAGCUGCUUUUCACCGGAACAGCAUAAGUAGUUGGAAAAAGUGAGAAGGCCCAACUGUGGGCUUCAGGUUUGUGAGCCAAAGGAAAAAGAAAGACAGAGAUAGAAAGAUAUUCUUCAUCAUAGUGCAUUAGGUGAGUAAAAAGUACCUUCAAAUUACGAACACCUACAGAAGUGCAGGCACUACAGCUCACAGAUGCUGGGCGCUGAAGAAGAAAAGUGUGCUUUUUGGUGAGCGAGGCAUUGAUGAGAGGGGAGCUCAAGUGCUUAUUUCUGACAGUGGAUUAAGGGGCUGGUACUGCAUUAGUUCUGGAUUGGUGCUGCGCAGAGCUUUUGCAGAUGCACAUGUUCUUGCUGUGUGUGUCACCACAUGAGUGCAAAAACAUUUGGAACAACUCAUGUAGGCUAUUCUCAUUCAUGUUUGCGUUAAUCCUUUAGCUGUAAUGGAGAUUUAACAGUGGAGAAGGAAAAGUCCAGUUUUGUUUUCUUUUGUGUCUUCCUUCCAAUUGAAGGCAGCAUUUCAAACAAUCAGCAUUUGACAUAUGCUAUUAGUUUGUUUGGGAACUGCAUGCAAGUAGACUCUACAUUGGUUGAAUUCCUGCAAUUCUCUAAAGCACUUUCGGAUAUAAAAUAUAGUACUGGAAAUGUCAAAUGGGAUAAAAAUAGCAUAAUUGUCACACCUCUUUUUGGAUUCUACAAUUUUACAUACAAUUUUACAUAUUAGGACAUAAUAAAAAUAAUUUGGUCUCCAGCUGGUCCUGAAAUUAAAUAAAUCCAGUCUCAGAUUAAGUAUAAAACAUGACAUAUUAUCUCAUGUCUUUAUUUAUUUAACAAAAUUAAGCCAAAAUGCAGAAGCGGUUGGUGAAAAACUAAGUACACCCUGACUAUUUCCAUAGAAAUUUAGAGGGUAAACAGCAGCCAGGUGCUGUUAAAUAAAAGCACUUUAUUAACUGAUCAUCAGCGAGUGUGAGCGCCUCAAUAAAACUAAAGUUUUGGCAAUAUGCCGGUCUCGCGCAUUCAGGCGUUUGUUACCCCAAUGCGAAAGAAAGAUGUUGAUGUCCAUCAGUCUGGGAAGGGUUAUAAGAUUAUUAUAAGGUAAAUAUAAUUCUACAGUGAGAAAGAUCAUUACAAGCCCAGGAGUGGAUGUCCCAGCAAAUUCACCCCAAUUGUAAAGUUGAAAGCUACAUCUUUACAGGCCUCAGUUAUCAUGUUAAAUAUUAAAGUUCAUGUCAGUACAUUUAGAAAAAGAAUGACUGAGUACGGCUUGUUUAAGGGUUGCCAAGAGAAAAGCUCCCCUCUCUCUAAAAAGAACAUGACAGGGUGGCUUUGGUUUGCAAAGUUGUAUCUGAACAAACCACAAGACUUCUGGAACAAAGUCCUUUAGAUUUAGAUUUAGAUGAGACAAAGUGGACAUGUGUGGCCAUGAUGCAACGCAGCACAUCAGCACAAACACGUCAUACCAACUGUCAAGCACAGUGGUGGAAGGAUGAUGAUUUGUUUUUUAUUUUUUAUUCACUGCUUACUGUUCUAAUGUUGGACUGUCAAAUUGAUUUGCUUAUUGUGGGCUAAAUAAAGUUUUGUGAAUUGAU